AUGGCACCAGUUACUAACAUUAAGCCACAACCACGUUUAACCGGUCAUCAUCCUCAUUUUUCUCAGCAUCAUCAUCAUAAUCAACAACAAACAUCUUCUAGCGGACAAACAUCUGCAACUCUUAAUUCAUCUAUUGUACCUGUUCAACCUGGUGAAAUCGGUUUCGAUGGAAAAAUGUUACGUAAAGCAAUGGCUCGAAAAACAGUGGAUUAUAAUCCAUCGAUUAUACGUUAUCUUGAAAAUUCUAUUUGGCAACGAAAUUUAGUCGAUAGCGCAUCAUUACAACCUGAUGUUCUUUACAUUCCACAUCUUAUACCACCACAUGCACUUCUAUCAAAUCCAGUUAAUUGUGUUAUGACAAAAUUUAUUCGACCAGCUACAAAUAAAGUUCGAUGUCCAAUUUUUUGUGUUUGUUGGACACCAGAUGGUCGUCGUCUUAUAACAGGUGCAUCUAGUGGAGAAUUUACAUUAUGGAAUGGAUUAACAUUUAAUUUCGAAACUAUUUUACAAGCACAUGAUUCAGCUGUACGAGCUAUGAUUUGGUCAAAUAAUGAACAGUGGAUGUUAACAGGGGAUCAUAAUGGUUUUGUUAAAUAUUGGCAAUCAAAUAUGAAUAAUGUUAAAGUAUAUCAAGCACAUAAUGAUCCAGUCCGAGGACUAACAUUUUCACCGAAUGAUAGCAAAUUUGCAAGUUGUUCCGACGAUAGUUUUGUGCGUAUAUUUGAUUUUCUCACAGGCACUGAAGAACGUGAAUUACGAGGUCAUGGAUGCGACGUUAAAUGUGUUGAUUGGCAUCCACACAAAGGAAUACUUGCCUCAGGUAGUAAAGAUUCUCAACAACCAAUUGUUCUUUGGGAUCCAAAGAGUGGAAAAAAAUUAGCAACACUUCAUGCACAUAAAAAUACAUGUAUGGCAUUAAAAUGGAAUCGACAAAAUGGAAAUUGGUUAAUAUCAGCAUCACGUGAUCAUUUUUGUAAAUUAUUUGAUAUAAGAAAUCUCAAAGAAGAACUGCAAUGUUUUCGUGGACACAAAAAAGAAGCAUGCACAUUGGCAUGGCAUCCAAUACAUGAACGACUCUUUUCAAGUGGAGGAUCCGAUGGUUCGAUCUAUUUUUGGCAUGUUGGAACAGAAAAAGAAUUAGCUGGCAUGGAUGAUGCACAUGAAGGUAUGAUAUGGGAUAUGUCUUGGCAUCCACUUGGUCAUAUGCUUGUCAGUGGUUCAAAUGAUCAUACAACACGAUUUUGGACACGUAAUCGACCUGGUGAUACUGUAUUAGAACGAAGUGAAGAAGGAAUCUUAAUGCAUGCUUCACGUCUUGAGCAAAUGCAUCGUGAAGAAUUAGAACAUGAACGUGCAUCAGAAGAAAUUAAUAUGCCUGGUUUAGGUUUUGAAGGUGGUUUACUCGAACAGUUACAACAACAAGAGGAUGCAUAUAAUCGACGUGAAGCUGGCAUACCGGGCUUGGAUUUUUCAAAUGAUGAUGAAGAAGGUCGACGGCGACGUGCACCAUUUGCUAAACCUGUUCCCAAACCAUUUGAAAAAGCAUGGCGAUCAGUUGAUCCAUUUCCUGGCGAUAAUACCAAUAAUAGUAAUAGAAUAAUGACUUCACUAGAUUCCGAUGAUCCAUUUUAUCCAGCUCCACCGCCACCACCACCACCACCACUAUCAAACUUUCCUCGAGGCCCACCUUCUAUGCUUGACGAUUAUUCUCGAAAUAAUGUACCACUUGAUUUUGAUGCUCGUGGUAACGGCCCACCGAUUAAACGACCACGUCUUGAUGUAUUUAAUGACGGUCAUUGGGCAAAUGCACCAACAGAUCGACGAGGAGGUGGUUUUCAAAAUAUACCACCACAAAUGCCUCAUUGGCGACAAAAUAAUAAUGAUGCUCCGUCAUUACCAACUGCAAAUGCCAUCGUUGAAGAGUCACUUGAUGAUACAUUGACUGCUGCUCGACAAGGUGUUUCACCAUUUUUUCAAACAGCUACUGAUGAAGAAUUGAGAGGAUUAACUCGAACAUUACGAGUAUUUCAAAAGUGA